CUGUCCAAAAAAUAUGGACCAGUGUUCACAGUCUACUUGGGACAGAAGAAGGUGGUGGUCCUGGCAGGAUAUAGGACAGUCAAACAGGCUCUGGUUGACCAUGCUAAGGAGUUUGGAGACCGAGAGAUCACUCCCAUAUUCUAUGAUUUCAACAAAGGACACGGCUUACUAUUUUCCAAUGGUGACUCCUGGAAAGAAAUGCGACAUUUUGCACUAUCCACACUGAGAGAUUUUGGGGUGGGCAGAAAGAUUGGUGAAGGGAAAAUCAUUGAGGAAUGUCACUACCUGAUUGAAGAAUUUGAACAACAUGAAGGUAAAGCUUUUAAAAACACCCAGACAAUUAAUUAUGCAGCCUCAAACGUUAUGACAGCCAUCAUGUUUGGAAAGAGGUUUGAGUACAAGGACCCUGCCUUCAAGGAUGUUGUUGACAGAGAUCACGAGGCUAUCCGUCUGACUGGAUCGCCAUCCAUUCAGAUCUACAACAUGUUUCCUUGGCUGGGCCCUUGUCUUAAAAACUGGAGGAAUUUGAUGAAGGCUAAUGAGGCCUACACAAAGGACAUAAAAACCUUAAUUGCAGAGCUGAAAGAGACUCUGAAACCUGACAUGUGCAGAUGCUUUGUUGAUGUAUUCCUGACCCGUAAGAUAAAACUAGAGGAGUCUGAAAUCAGAGAUUCACACUAUCAUGAUGACAAUCUUCUCUUCAGUGUGAUGAAUCUGCUUACAGCUGGGACAGAUACUACAGGAAGUACACUUCAGUGGUGCCUCCUUUACAUGGCUAAGUACCCUCAUUUUCAAGAUCAGGUCCAGGAGGAGCUGGACAGGGUGGUCGGGAGCCGUCAGGUUCAAAUAGAGGACAGGAAGAACCUGCCGUACACUGAUGCAGUCAUCCAUGAGUCACAAAGACUGGCCAACAUUGGCCCAUUGUCCAUUCCUCACAAAACCAGCCAAGAUGUCACCUUCCAGGACUACUUUAUCAAAGAGGAUGAGAGUGAAUGGGAGACGCCAUACACUUUCAACCCUUCACACUUCCUGAAUAAGGAGGGUAAAUUUACCAGACGAGAUGCAUUCAUGGCCUUUUCUGCAG